AUGGCUUCCACAAGUGUUGUCUGGAUGACCCUGAUGGCGAUUUUGCUUGUUGGGUCUACCAUGGCACGGUCUCCAAAAUCUUCUCCUACACCUUCACCAGAAGCCCAUGUUCCUGAUCAUUCUCCUACACCUGCACCUGCUUCUGUUCCUACUCCUUCACCAUCACCAUCAAAGGCAACACCGAAAGCUGCACCAACUCCAGCCCCUACGGUUGACUCUCCUCCUUCGCCUCCUCCAUCUUCUACUCCGGCUCCAGCCAACCCUUAUUCACCAGCUGCAAAUGCUGUUUUGAAGAAAGUGUCCAUUGACCUUAUUCACCAGCUGAAGCUCCUAAACCAUCAAAUGCUGUUUUGA